AUGGAAAAGACAACCGUGUCCGAUCAGGUCGCACCGACUAGUACUAGCCAUGAUGCUGAGAAAAUGAUAGGAUUCGGAAUCCAGGACGUCGAAACCCCCGAUGACAAGGCAAGUUUGUCUCAUCGAGACUCAAGCGAGUUUCAGGGUGGUGUGCAGCGAGUAAGAGCCAUUACAUCGGCAUGGUCGACUAAAACACUCAUUCUCAUGUUCAUUCUACUCUACCUCGUGUCAUUCGUAGAUGCACUCCUAAGCUCAGUCGAAAGCUCAUUGAACCCCUACAUAACGUCCUCAUUUCACAAACACGGCCUGUUGACAGUUGUCAGCGUUGUCUCAACCAUUCUGGGUGGCUCCUCAAAGUUAACACUAGCCAAGAUUAUCGACAUCUGGGGUCGCGUGGAGGGAUUCCUAAUCAUGCUUCUUCUCGUCACGAUCGGUUUAAUCAUGAAAGCUACAUGCACAAGUAUGGAGAUGUACACAGCGGCACAUACUUUAUAUUGGGUAGGCCACAUCGGUCUAACCUAUGUUGUGGACAUCAUGCUGGCAGAUAUGACCUCGCUCAAGAACAGGAUGCUCAUGCUUGGCCUGAACGGUACACCCGGUAUUGCUAGUACCUUCGCGGGCCCGGAGAUUGCCACGCUAUUCUACACCAAUCUCGACUUCCAUUGGGCAUUCGGUUCGUUUGCUAUCAUGCAGGUUGGAGUUUGUAUACCUGUCGCUGCGGUGAUGCUAUUUAUGCAACGUCGGGCCGAGAAGAGCGGUGUUCUUGAGAAGACUCAUUCUGGACGUGUCUGGUGGCAGACUAUCAUUCAUUAUCUCGUCGAAUUUGAUGUUAUCGGGAUCAUCUUGAUCACAGCCGCAUUUUCCCUAAUCCUGAUCCCAUUUAGCAUUGCCUCUUACGGGCCCAAGGGGUGGGCGACAGGAUACAUCAUCGCGAUGGAAGUCCUUGGCGUAGCUUGCGUGCCUGCAUUCUACAUCUGGGAGCGAUACUGUUCACCGGUGCAAUUCCUCCCGUGGAAGUAUCUGAAAGAGCCCACGAUAAUCGGCUCUUGCAUGCUAUACGGCGUAAUGUUCGUCUCCUGCUUUACCUGGAACAGCUACUUCGGCUCGUAUCUACAAGUCGUCAACAGACUCGAUAUCACGACAGCCAACUACGUGCUCAAUGCUUUCUCCCUGACAUCUUUCAUCUUCAGUCCCAUCUUCGGCCUUGUGAUAAGCUGGACCGGCGACUUUAAAUGGACCGCCAUGGCCGGAAUCCCGAUCUUCCUCCUAGGGACGGCACUCCUGGUCCCGUUCCGCGCACCAGACACACACGUGGGUAUACUCACAAUGAUCCAAAUCCUCGUUGGCCUCGGCAGCUGCCUGUUCACUGUGUGCGGACAAUUAGCGAUAAUGGCUACGGUAACCCACCAAGAGAUUGCGGUUGUGAACGCGGUCUGGGGAUUAUUUGGGUCUAUCGGAGCGGCGGUAGGAGCUGCCAUUGCUGGCGGGAUGUGGAAUAAUAUCCUCGAGAAGGAGUUGUACAACCGGCUGCCGCAGGAAAGUAAGCAUCUUUCGGCGAGUAUAUUUGCGGAUUUGGUGAAGCAGAUGUCGUACGCGGAUGGAACUGCGGAGCGAGAUGCUAUUGUUGGAGCUUAUGCUGAUCUUCAAAGGAAAAUGGCGAUUGUUGGAGUGUGUUUUGUACCGCUUUGUAUUCUUUGUACUUGGUUUUGGAGGAAUGUUAAUGUUAAGAAGUUGGGAAGGGAGCAGACAGCUGGGAAUGUUUGGUAG